UACUUCACAAAACCUAUUAUUCACCACAUCCUACACUACAACCAACAAUGGCAUCCAAAGCUACUAAUUUGCUCUUAGCUUUCUCCCUUCUCUUUGCCACUUGCAUUGCCCGCCAACAACAGCAGCAACAGAACCAGUGCCAGAUUCAAAACAUCCAGGCGCUCGAGCCCAUCGAAGUUAUCCAAGCUGAAGCCGGUGUCACCGAGAUCUGGGACGCCAAUGACCAACAGUUCCAGUGUGCCGGUGUCGAUUUUAUUCGACACCGGAUUCAACCUGGUGGCCUUCUCUUGCCUUCCUACGUCAACACCCCUAUCUUGGCCUUCAUCGAAAGAGGAAGGGGCAUUCAGGGGGUUAUAUUGUCGGGAUGUCCGGAAACCUAUGAAUAUUCGCAAGAGCAACAGUUUUCCGGUCAGAGCGAGCGCAGAGGAGAGAGGCUUCCGUUUGAUGAGGACCGUCAUCAGAAAGUAGAGAACUUAAACGAGGGUGACGUGGUUGCCAUCCCCACCGGAACAGCUCACUGGGUUCACAACGACGGCAAUGCAGAACUUGUGGUCGUCGUCUUCUUCGACACUCAGAACAAUGAGAACCAACUUGAUGAAUACCAAAGGAGAUUCUUCCUAGCUGGAAACCCUCAAGCUCAAAGCCAGCAGCAACAUCGUCAACAAAGACAAUCCCGCCAACAAUCUCCUCAAAUUACAAGGCAAGGUCGCCCGCAGCAACAGUUCCAGAACAGCGGCAACAUCUUCAACGGUUUCACUGUCGACUUGCUAGCACAGUCAUUCAACAUCGACCAAGAGACGGCCCAGAAGCUUCAAGGACAAAACGACCAGCGAGGCCACAUUGUUAAUGUCGGACAAGACCUUCAAAUAAUCCGCCCACCACAAGCGCGGCAAGAACGCCAACAAUACCAACACCAACAAGGCAGACGCACUCGCCAAGAACAAGGCAGACGUGGUGGUCGUUCAGGCGGAUGGAGCAACGGUGUGGAAGAAACCAUUUGCAGUAUGAAGUUCAAAGAGAAUAUUGACAACCCUUCUCAUGCGGACUUUGUAAACCCACAAGCAGGACGCAUUGCAAACCUCAACAGCUUCAAAUUCCCCAUUCUGGAGCACCUACAACUCAGCGCAGAGAGAGGCGAACUCCGUCCAAAUGCGAUCCAAUCCCCACACUGGACAAUCAAUGCGCACAAUCUUCUCUAUGUAACCGAGGGAUCGUUGAGGGUACAGAUCGUGAACAACCAAGGAAACUCGGUUUUCGACAAUGAGCUUCGUGAGGGACAGGUGGUGGUGAUCCCGCAGAACUUUGCGGUGAUCAAGAGAGCUGGUGAGCAAGGCAGCAGGUGGGUGUCUUUCAAAACCAAUGAUAAUGCAAUGAUCGCGAACCUUGCGGGGCGUGUCUCCGCGAUCAGCAGCAUGCCGGUAGACGUGGUGGCGAAUGCAUAUCAGUUGUCUCGAGAGGAUGCUCAGCAGCUUAAGUUUAGCCAGAGGGAGACGGUUUUGUUUGCACCAAGUUUUUCUAGGGGCCAAAGGAAGGCUUCGGCAAGGGAGGGCUUUGGCUUAAGUGAAGUGUUGAGGGUGUUGUUUUAGGGUUUAAUGAUGAGUGUUGAGAGUGUUGUUUUGGGGUUUAAUGAAUAAAAGAUGUAUGAGAGUUGUGUAAUAUAUGCAACAUUAAUAAAGGUUUAAUGUAAGCUUAUGCUAUUAUCUAAA